AUGCCGCAGACGUACGCGGCGGACCUCUCGUCCAUGGCCCAAGCCGCCCAGUCCAAAGCGCACCAUGGCGUCGCCACCAAGCACACCAAGGCCGAUCCCGCCCUCUGCCCGACCGACGACGAGAACAAGAUGAUACCCAAAUCAAAAACCUUUUCCUUUGACUAUGCCUGGCGAUCAGGCGUCGCUGGAGGAGUUGCCGGUUGCGCUGCAAAAACUCUGGUCGCACCGCUCGAUAGAGUAAAGAUCCUCUUCCAGGCCAGCAACCCGCAGUUUGCCAAGUAUACCGGCUCGUCCUUUGGCGUCUUGUCGGCCAUGCGAGAUAUCUACGGCCACGAAGGCAGUCGCGGGCUAUUUCGCGGGCACUCGGCGACGCUUCUUCGAAUUUUCCCCUACGCCGGCAUCAAGUUCCUGGCCUAUGAGCAAAUACGAGCCGUUCUAAUCCCCAACAAAAAGUACGAGACACCCUUGCGCCGGCUUCUCAGCGGCAGUCUAGCGGGCGUCACUUCCGUCUUCUUCACAUACCCUCUCGAGGUGAUCCGAGUGCGCUUGGCCUUUGAGACCAAGUCGCAGGGCCGAUCGCCCCUCAUUUCCAUCUGCCGCCAAAUAUACAACGAGCAUCCCGUGGACAAGGCCGCCACGGCGAGGUUACCCAGCGCGCCAGGCAGCGUCGCCAACGAGUCGGCCAAAGUGGUUGAGAGCGUGACGCCACGCCGGGGACUGGUCAAUUUUUAUCGCGGCUUCUCCCCGACCAUCCUCGGCAUGCUCCCCUACGCCGGCAUGUCCUUCCUGACGCACGACACGGCCACUGACCUGCUGCGACAGCCCGCCCUUGCCGCCUACACCACCCUGCCGAAAAAGGCAAACCAUCCGCCGGGGAAGCCCGCAGCCCUGCGAUCUUGGGCGGAGCUGUGCGCGGGUGGCGUCGCCGGCCUGAUUUCACAAACGGCCUCGUACCCGCUCGAGGUGAUUCGUCGGCGAAUGCAGGUCGGCGGAGCCGUGGGCGACGGCCGCCGCUUGCGCAUUGGCGAAACGGCGGGCAUGAUCUUCAAAGAGCGCGGAUUCCGCGGCUUCUUUGUCGGGUUGACGAUUGGAUACGUCAAGGUGAUUCCUCUGGCGGCAGUGAGCUUCUAUACGUACGAGAGAAUGAAGCUCGUUCUUGGUAUUUAA